UUCUAAUUUUGCUUUCUGUACCAUAUUGGGUUGGACUCGGAAAAAUUUACAUGAUUUGUUUUUAUUUUUGUUUUGUUCUUCGUGGGUUCUAUUCUUCUGAAGCUUUCUGUGUCCGCCUUCUUUUGUGAUGACAUCGGUUUCAUGAAGCUUUUUCUUCUGGGUUGCGAUUAUAAUAAACUGUGGGAGCUUCCUUUUAUUGGAGUAAGCAUUAAAGAAAUUGGCUGCUGUUAAAUAUCCAGGUCAAGGAAGUUUGAGACCUAAUUUCACCGAGGUGUAAUUAUGUCCACUAUGGAUUUGGAACAUAAAGGUAUAACUUGGGUUGGGAACUUGUUCCAGAAGUUUGAAGCUAUGUGCUUGGAGGUGGAAGAUAUUGUGUGCCAGGAAACAACUAAAAUAGUUGAAAACCAGGCGCAGUCGGUUGGUGUAACCGUUAAAAAGUUUUAUGCUGAAGUCGUGCAAGAUUUUCUCCCUCCAUCUUCUGAAGAUACUGAGAAGUUGAAGGAAGGUAUCGAUGAAAAUCCCAUAGUGGAGGAGCCACUUCUGGCCAAGGAAUUGGGGGCAGUUUCUCCUGAUGGGAAAGGUUUGAGUCGUAGAUCAUCUUUCAGGGUAUUCCCAAAUAUAAGCCAUUUGCUUCCAUCUUCUGAAGAUACCAUUAAAGGAUCAGGCGCUGACUUAUCUAUAGAACAAAACGAAAAUAGUUCUGCGAUGUAUGGAAAGCUAAAAUUUGGGGUUGAAUUUACUGAAGAGGAUAAGCUGUCUUCUCCCAAGGUUUUGGAAGUAAUGGCUCCUGCAAGGAAUGAUAUGAGUGGGGCAUCGUUAUUAAGUGGGCUCCACGAUGAAUAUAAUGGAAAAAUAUGUAAUACAGAGGCUACAGUGCCAACCCUUGCUUCAGUUGAUGCCGCACAAUGUAAUUCUACCGGAGGAGUGGGGAAGAUUUGUUAUGGGCUUUCAGAUGCAGUGGCGUGUGUUUCUGAUGUUUCUUCUGCUUCCUCAGCAUCUUUGGUUCUUCCAGCUUCAUACGUCGAAAAUGAAACAGGAGUUGGACUGACUCCCUCCGGAGGCAGUCCAGCAACAGAAUUAAAUGACAAUUCCAAAACUUACAAGACAAUAUCUCCGAGGCAUGGUGAUGGACAAAAACAUUAUGAUGAUUGUGCUGAGUUUGAUGCUAUUCUGUCCCCUCCAAACAGUGGUAAAGGAAGAUCAGAAUCAGAUCACUACAACACAGAGGAAAUGGCUGAAGGCAAUGAUGCUGAUAGGUCAGAUGAGGAAACCAUUGAUGCAUGUCAUGGUGUGAGGCUCGAGGAAAGUUGUAUAUUGGUGGAUUACGAUGAACUUCACCUCGUCUCACAGAGGACAGGGAAGAACAGAUCAUACAAGAAAAAACUUCGUGAUGCUUUUGCUUCAAGGAUUAGAUCAGGAAAGAAGCAGCAGUACGAGCGGCUAGCACUUUUUUAUGGAGAUGCCGAUACAGGAACCAAUAACCAAAGAGCAGGAAGUUUCCAAAUAUCCACUCCCACUAGGGACUUGGACUCAAAGAAAUCGCCAACUCAUGAUUUUUGUGAUUCUGAGUGGGAACUUUUGUAGAUAAAAUGUGAAAUACGCCUGUUAAUAGCUGAUCAACACCACUGGUUCUGCAGCCAUAUCUGUCCAAAUGAAGGUGAUGAAAAUGAUGCUGGUCUACUGCAAUAGUUUGGCCAAAAUGUGCCCUUUCGAAGUAUGGAGUAAGGUAGGGGAAAGAAGGUAGGCAGUCAAUACAUUAUAUCUAGUGGAGUAGAGGUAUAGCUCCUCUAAAAAUUACAACCGACCUGUGGUUGGGGUGUACAACUGGUAUUAUGAAAUGCUUUAGUAAAGGGUAGGAUGCUGCCCAGAUUGCAUCUGCUUUCAAUCUUUACUGUUGCUUAUUGUUAUU